AUGGACAUUCCCAUCUUCCACACGGAAGAAGGCAGAUAUCUUGCUAAGUCUCUCGGCGAUCCUUUGAUUAAAGGUCUGACCGAGGUGGCUAAUCAUAAACCAAAAGAUCCUGUAGCGUUCCUUGCUAGUUUCCUCCAUAAUUUCCCUGAACAUGAAAAGCCUCGACCAGGAACAAAGGAAUCAAACGUACUCGUCACAAAAGAAGCACCUGAAUUUGAAAACGAACAUUUUCCACAUCAGGAUAUUAUAGAUAACCUCCCAACUGAGCAAAUCGAACAAAAUGACAAGGACCGUGCAAAAACGGCUAUACGCCCGAAGCCGAUCGAUGUUAUAACCGUGGAACCACAAUCCAAUACCAGUCCUGAUGCUCCUGAGAGUGCAGUUAGUAGUGCUAAUAGGGAUGAACACGGACAGUCAAUGCUACACUUCGCAGCUGCUCGAACUCACACAAAUAACGCAUUAUUUCAAAUUUUACAAGAAUCUGAUGUCAGUGUUGGUUAUCGAGAUGAAUUGUACAGAACAGCUCGCGAUGUCUCCAUCCAAGCGAACGUUCUAGAAAAUACCGCUGAAAUUGAUAGAUGGGUGCUGCAUUUAGCUGCUAGAGGACGAACUGACGAUAUAAUGGACUUGCUACUUCAAGGAUAUGAUCACAUAUUAGACGUAGUCGAUGAAGAAGGAACUCUUAUAUUAGAAGUAAUCAAUCAACGUGGUAAUGAAGAAAUGAAAAACUUACUGGCUUCUAUCGCAGCUUUUGAGGAGUCCAGGGAGUCUCUUCACGCUGCAGUACGAGCUGGCGAUCUUGCCACUGUACAAGAAAUGGUGUCAGCUGAAGGCGGCCGCACUCUCGCUCGCGCUCAGAACGGUCUCGGGCGCAACGCUUUACACGUGGCCGUGCUCGCGCAAAACGAAGACAUUGUGGAGUAUUUGGCAAAUACUCAUCCCGAAUUGUUACGACUUGGUGAUAAUCUCGAAAGAACAGCACUACAUUACGCGAUGGGAGUAGAAAAAAUAGAAUCCUUGAGUCAUCUUCUAAUUAAAGCAGGCGCCAAGCGAGUUCUCAAAGACCUGAAAGGACGCCAGCCUUCUUACUAUUUCAUGAACAAAUCUGAGAUAUUGCGUCUUAAAGAGGAGGAAGAGGCGUAU